AUGGAAUUUGCUGUGCCCAUACUCAGCGCGGCAGUGGGCAGCGCAGUGAGCAGCGCCGUGCCGAAGCUUGGUAGGGUGAUAGCUAAAUUAGUAGGGAAGACCAAGAUUGAUGCUACCUUCAUCAAUGAUGAGCUUCGGUUGAUCAAAGAUAUAACCAGACAUAAUACCCCCGUUGUCAGCAAUGAAUGGAUUGCACAACUGAGGCGAUUGGCUUACGAGAUCGAAGACUGCAUAGACUGCUUCGAAGUCAAGAAGACGAACCCUGAAGAGUUCGCGGAAGAGAUCGCUCGACUAAAGACGAAAUCUGAGGAAACACGCCAGCGGUUAUUACACUAUAUCCAGAUACAUAGAGGCUUGCAAAAAUUGGCAGUGACCUCCUCAGCACAAGACCAAGGGCAACAAGUCAUUGCUCCGGCUGCUGCUUUUGAGGUCCUUGUCCCCAAUGAGCUUCAGGAGCUUGUCGGUAAACAGGGUGAAGAUUGGCUUAAUAACCUCAACUGUUUGCUAUAUUUCUGCAUGUUUCCACAUGAUCAUCAUGCCAGGAGGAAUCCCCUGAUAAGAAGAUGGCUUGCUGAAGGACUUGUGAGAGGCGAAGAUGACGCAGUCAAAUAUCUGAAGGCCUUCAUCGAUGGCAAAAUCAUCAAUACCACUGCGAAAAGCAACAAUGGAAUGAUGAAGAGAUGCCAACCUCCUGAUGAGAUUCUCAGAUUCAUCUACCAACAGUCUAGCGCCACAAAUUUCAUGCUGUUUUGUGAUGACAUGGCCAAACUUGAGGCAGAGAGUGCCCGCAGGCUUUCACUCCAUCCCAACGAAAAGGCACUAGAUGAUAUGAAUUUGCCUGAUUUUCCUCAUCUCCAUACCCUGGCGGUAUUCCAUGCCAGUGCCAAUCCUGACAUCUAUGGAGCCAUGUUGGAGUUUGGCAACUACGAGGUGCUGCGGGUGCUGGAUCUGAAACAAUGCGCUCCUCUGUCUAAAGGACAUCUCUUAGCUAUAUGCAAGCUGCUGCUGCUGAAAUAUCUGAGCUUCCAGGGUGGUACUGAUCGGCUUCCAAGUGAAAUAGGGAAGCUGGCAUGGCUAGAGACACUCGACAUGAGGGGAAGUGAAACAGUGACCGUGCACGAAGAAGUCCUCAUGAUGCCCAGAUUGAAGCACCUCCUUGGAAAGUUUCAGCUUUCUAGAACGGAUACGAUUUUCUGGACCGUCUGGGAUUGGAAGACAACUAAGGUAGGGAAGUUUUUGAAACAAAAGAGUGUCCUCCAGACACUAUCAGGAUUUGUCACCGGAGAUAGGCGUGGAUUUCCACAGCUGAUGAUUCUUAUGAGGAAGCUGAGGAAGGUGAAGAUAUGGUGCGAACGCAACGCCAGUGAAGCAAACCUGGGUGAUAUUUCAAGUGCCAUUACCAAAUUCGUUCGUGAUGGGAUCCAGGAGCCAGGCCGCUCCCUAUCUAUUAGCUUCCAAGAACGUUCAGGACAAUUCCUAAAUAAUCUGCAAGUUCAAGGUGCUCUUACCUCGCUGAAGCUGCACGGUAAUCUGAGUGAAUUCCCUCAGUUUGUUGCACGGCUCAGUGGUGUUGAGGAGCUGUGCCUUUCAUCCACUGCACUGACCUGGAAUGUAAUUCUAGCCGAGUUGAGUAAGCUGAGCAUCCUGAAAUAUCUGAAGCUUGUUGAAGACAACCUUGGGCCCGUUGAAAUACUGCCGGAACAUCUCCGGAGCCUUGAGCGUUUAUGCCUAGUGUGCGAGCCAAAUCCUGACAUAACAAUCAAUGCUGAUGCUCUGCCUGGUCUUGUAUCACUUCAUAUCAUCUGUCAGGAUCUAGGCGUUGUUCCUGGGACUCCCGGCAUGGAAAUCAAACACAUGACAAAUCUGCAAGAAGUCGGGCUUCAUUCUCAGGUCGAUGUAGCAAUUAAACAAGGAUGGGAAAAUGCUGCAGAGGCCCAUCCCAAUAAGCCUAAUGUAGGGACUGCGAUUCUCUGCUGA